GCAGACCGUGUGAGCGCGGUGCUCCAGGGCCCACGAGAUCUAUCGUGGCCGGGUUCUAAGAGGGGAGUCGUGCUCUAUAUGACUGAGCAUCUUAUCGGGCAUGAUGAUUUGACUCCAGGAAGAGCUGCGAGAGAAAAGACGAUCGCAUCAUAUCACAUGCGACAGGCGUGUCUGAGUCCACUCUCUCUCUUUUGAACCUAUGCGUCUGGAUGGAUCUUCACGACUUCCCGUCUGCUCACUGAGACUCAGCAGCAACGGAGGGACACAUGGGCGUCUCCUCGGACCGAUGACAUCUUCCUGGUGCCUGAUGCAAUCUGUUCAUCUCCUGGGAGCGCCGAUGAACUGCCAUGCCCUGGGAUACAGUACGCCGCCGGCCAAUCUUCGUCCGGGCUUGUGUUGGCUUCCUUGAGCGCUUGUCUCUGAGCCCGCCACUCUGGCGUUGGGCGCUUGGUGGCUGUGAACCGUGGCAUCACUCCAGCGCGGCCGGGUGUAUUGAGAAACGCCGCGCGCUGAUGCAUCAAAGUGGUUCCCCUCUUGCUUUUGGCCAUGUCACAAGCUGACGAAAAACAGACUGACAAACGAAACGAAGAUGAAGAGCGUCUCGAGCGUGAGAGGGCUAGCGGGAACAAACUCUGGGGGGUCUACAUCUCCGAGGCGGAGAAGUACGAUCAGGGUCUCAUCGAUGGCUGGCGCAGCGACAUGGAUGGUCUGCUGAUCUUCGCCGGUCUCUUCUCGGGCGUUGUCACUACAUUGAUCAUCGAUAGCUACAAGACACUAAGCCCGGACUCGGGCAGCCAGACCGUCGCACUCCUCACUCAUAUCUCACUCCAGCUUGCGAACAUGCACAACGGCACGGCAGUGACAGACGCACUCCCUCCCACCGCUCCAUUCUCACCCCCGAUCUCAGCUCUCGUCUGCAACGCACUGUGGUUCACCAGUCUUGCGCUCAGUCUGUCAAGUGCACUCGUCGCGACCCUGGUCGAGCAGUGGGCAAGGGAGUACCAGCACCGGACAACUAUGUUCUCCUCCAUCUCCAUUCGGUCCCGUGUGUACAUGUAUCUGUAUCACGGUUUGCAGCGUUUCAAUAUGCAUGCUGUCGUUGGCAUUCCGUUGCUUCUCCUGCACGGGGCACUUGUCCUGUUCUUCGCGGGUCUGGUCGCAUUUCUCGUGCCCAUCAACGACAUCAUCAUGGCCAUCACAUCCGCUCUCCUGCUUCUCUUUGUCUCUGCCUAUGGAGCGUUCACCGUGCUCCCACUUCUCUGCUUUGACAGUCCGUACCAGACGCCGCUCACGGGAGUCCUCUGGUCGCUAAACCAGAGCUUGGGAAGCGUGCUGAGGGCUCAUGUUUGCAAGGCUCGUGUGCAAAACAGAGUCUCUCAGACCGACCAGGAAGCCCUCACUGCACCUGCUGCACCGGGAGAUAAUCGUGAUCAGAACCAUUGUGACAAUCAACCCAAAAACAAAGUCGAAAAGAGAAGUGAAUUCAAAGACUGGAGAAUACAACCAAGUAGCUACAGUAUUUAUACCCAAAUCCAGUCUGAGUCAUAUCUACAACUAAUGAGUCAUAGGGCUAUGUACCGCAUGGAGCACUGGUCAUGGGUUGUAGUAGAACCUUCCGGAGCAUAUGUCGCGCAGCCUCGAAUCGAUAGAGAUAACCCCUGGAACCCCUAG